AUGGCAUUGAGAUUAAUAUCGAUUAAUUUCGUAGCAAUUUUUUUAGUUCUGCUCACCGUCCAAUCAUUACCAUCGACGGCUCUGAUCGCCACCCCGGACCUCAAUCCUCCCUACCCUAAAGCCAUCUCUGAUUUGAAGGAAGCGAUUGUGAAAGGAUUAGGGUUUUCAAGCGGAUGA